UAGUGCUGCGGCUGGUGCGCGCAGAGGAAACACUCACAGCGCUGGACGGACUCGCACCAAAUACACGCGAUACACACAAAAUGCUGCGCCCACGAGUCCUGUCAGGCUGCUGCAUGUGAACAAGAAGAGGAGGAAGAGGAAGAGGAAGAGGGUCCCUUUUGUGCCGCACAUCUCAAACCCCCGCUCCGUCCAGCAGCUCUCCUCGGUGCUCCUCGGUGGUGCAUGAAUCCCCUCGUUUGGCUCGCAGCUCCAGGACAAAAACAAGGCGGCGUUGUCGAUUGUGCGUGUGUGUGCGCGUGUGUGUGCGCUGGACACGGUUUGUGAGUGCACCUUAAACCGCUUCUCCUCCUCCUCCUCGUUGUCGGCAACUCCUUCAGGAUGGCGUUGACGAUCUGCACGAGGUUUACCGAUGAAUAUCAGCUGUUCGAGGAGCUGGGGAAGGGUGCGUUCUCUGUGGUCAGGAGGUGCGUGAAGAUCUCCUCUGGACAGGAGUAUGCUGCCAAAAUCAUCAACACCAAGAAGCUUUCUGCCAGAGAUCAUCAAAAGCUGGAGAGGGAGGCGAGGAUUUGUCGUCUACUGAAGCACCCCAACAUCGUACGACUCCAUGACAGCAUAUCAGAAGAAGGCUUCCACUAUCUGGUGUUUGAUCUGUGAGUAGGAGACUCGCGGACCCCACC